CCCCGCCCCGCCCCACCGCGCGCCCGCGCGGCCUCCCUCCCGCGGCCCCGCGCGCCCAGGCCGCUCGCGAACAUGGCGCUCGUGCCCUGCCAGGUGCUGCGGGUGGCCAUCCUGCUGUCCUACUGCUCCAUCCUGUGCAACUACAAGGCCAUCGAAAUGCCCUCGCAUAAGACCUACGGCGGGAGCUGGAAAUUCCUGACGUUCAUUGAUCUGGUCAUUCAGGCUGUCUUUUUCGGCAUCUGUGUGCUGACUGACCUUUCCAGUCUUCUGACCAGAGGAAGCGGAAACCAAGAACAAGAGAGGCAGCUCAAGAAGCUCAUCUCGCUCCGGGACUGGAUGUUAGCCGUGCUGGCCUUUCCUGUUGGGGUUUUCGUUGUAGCUGUGUUCUGGAUCAUCUACGCUUAUGACAGAGAGAUGAUAUACCCGAAGUUGCUUGAUAAUUUUAUCCCAGGAUGGUUAAAUCAUGGAAUGCCAUAGAAGACCCUGAAACGUGAGGAAUUCAAAUCAAGAGCAGAAAUAGAGGGAUGGCUCUGAAGCAGUGAUGGGAAAGAUGUCUGGUUUGGAGACAAGCAAAGGGUUCCAGGAGGUACAGAUGGCAAUUCAAGAUGAAGGCAAGAAAAAGUGGAAAGAAUUAUUUCUAGACUAUUGAAGUAACCCUCUUUCUGGUAGAAGACAUGCCCUACUGAAAUUGUGCUACUUACUCACCAGCCAUAGAUUUUAUGGAAGGUUGGUUUUCGUUCUGAUAAUACAUUGUUGCUGGUUUCACCAGGCUUCACCCUCAAAGGCUCUGCCUGCAGACGCUGUUUGCAAGACUGACUGGCUCAGGUCUCCAGUGCUCUUUGUGUACCCAACGCCACACUCCAAACUCCUGGGUAGCCCAGGACACUGGGGCAGGUAAAUUGGCUUUCCGGGAAAAUAAGCCUGUCUGUGGCCUUGUUCCCAGAGCACACCAGCCAUGAAGUGAGAUUUGAGUAGUAAAAUGUGAAAUCUGCUUUCUACAAAUUAUCCAGAUAAUCGCUUGCAAUCCCUUUCUGGAUAAUAAACAGAGCCACAUGAGGGUGACAGUCUGGCAGGUAUUCAAGCUGCAGUGAUUGUGGCUUGGCUCCUGUCGUAGCCCCGGAGCUGUUCCACAAGGGUGAUUUAUGUAUCUGCCUGCAUGCAUCCUUUUGAUAAAGAUCUUUAGAAGCUUACUAAUUAAUUUUAGAGGAAUGUUUCUCUUUGGCUCCACGUUUCAUUCCUUUCACAUUAUACAUUCUAGUGAUAAAUGAUGGACGCAUAAAUACAUUAUCUUUGCUCGAUCAGUGUUUUUUCUGUUGUUGAUAUAAAGUGCACAAAUUGGAUUUGUUUCAGGAUAGCUACAUUUGGAAUGUGACAUUUUGCCAAGUGAGAAUCACACUUACCCAUACAACACAGAUGUGGGUUUUGCAGUUGUUUUCUUUUAAAAUAGUAUAUGUCUGUGGUGCCAUUGAUUAAUGUAAUAUUGCAUUAAUGUGCUGUUACAACACCCCAGGGUAUGCAUAGGGUCUUUCAGCCAGCAGCAAAGAAUUCCCCAAACUAAAGUCUCUAAUAAAAUACAGAUUGCAGGACAAAAAAAAAAAAAAAAAAAAAAAAAUAAGCAUCAACCAUGAGAAUUUAUGGAUAGCAAAAAGUGCUUGAGGCAUCAACUUUUAAUGGAUUUGCCAGUGGAAACACAAUGUAAUUGUUACAUAAUUUUUUCUUCCAAAUCAUUAGAAAUCAUUUAUACUUAUUUACUGAAUCUCUCCUUUUACAUGACCAAGAUAACGUGACUGUAUUGUCCCAUGACUUUUUUCUUUUUAAAUGUUCAUGUGCUAGCCAUUUGUAUUGCUAGAUCCAAGAGGUUAAUAGAAGCUGACAGGGCCACGUGCAUAUUUCACUACAAAAAUUAAAAUUGAAUUGUUCAGUAUCCAUUGUAAAUGGCCAGGGAGCAACUUUCUACAAUGCAGUGCUGAUAUAGUACUGGUGUAGGAUUGUCCUAGAUAUUUCAAGUAGCAACUGUGUGUUUUUCUUUCACAAAGUAGUUUUUAAUCUUUAACCAUAAUAUUUCUCCUGUUACAAAAAUCUGUGAUAAUAUUUUUCUAGAUCAACUAACUAAUAAAAAACUUUUAAUUAAAUAAAACGUCCUUGGUGCAAUACACUCAACUUUGUAGAAGAUGCUACUGCUAGCCAUGAAAAAAAAGAUGCUUCAUGCCAAAAAGUUACGAAGUCAACAGUACCCUCUUUCAGAUUGCAGAGAUAAUGGCAUUGUUUUCAAAUAUCUAGUUGAUAAGAAAAAUACAAGCAAGUCUUUACCAUUUUUAGUGCAAGUCUAUCAUUGCUUUACAGUGUGAAUUUAAAUGUAGAAAUGUAAAUUUCUCCUUUUAACUUCCUAAAAUUUUGAAAUUCAGAAGAAAUCAAAAGAUUUUUUUUUAAAGUAUAAAUCUCCUUAAUUGAAAGAAUCUUUUUUCUGUAACCAAGUUUUAUGAGUCAGCAUUUUGAUGUAAAUAGUUUACAGCUAACAAAAUAGGAUCACUAAGUUUAGCAUGCAGAAAACCAUUUUGUGGUUUUUGCUAAUAAUGGUGAGCUAGACCACCAAUCUUAAAAUAAUGCUUCCAAAAGUCCAAGUGGUGUUGGUGCUUAUUAGUGAGGACAUCAGUCAUAUAUUUCAAGCUUGAACAUUUUUAAUGGGCUCUGUAAAAUAAAUGUCAGUCAAAAUUAACAGUUAUCAAUGAAGGAAGGGACAGAAUCUCUGUGGUAGGCAGUUGUCUGCUCAGGAGGGAGGUGGAGAGGUUCAUAAUGUCAUAAGUGAUAUAAAUUCGAAACUCAAGAGGUGUUAGAGUAAACGCACCCUGCCAGUCUGCAAGAGUGGGCAUUGUGAAGACCAGCCCCCCAGAUGUAGAUGGUACUUUUUCCUUUGCCCCAAUUGUAAUGAGCUAAGCCUUAGACUCUAUCCCAUGAUUGUCCUUUCUGGAAACCACUAGAUGGAAUACCUUCCAUGUCGUAAUUAUAUAGUCCUCUUGUGUUUUUCUAGUGUUUGUAUUCCCAUAGUUGCAAAUAAAAAGUAUAUUUUUAGUUUUAGAA